GUCAAGCAGGGUUGGCUGACUUUUCCUGGGCUCUGGAAUUCCACAUCGGGACGUAAAAAGGGGGAUGAGGAAGAAAGAGUUUUAAAAGUUAAAAAAUCAAAUGCAUUUAUCAUGCAGGGCAGCUUAACUCGUGUGAGUGGGUGCGGAGAAAAGUUUUACUUGUGCAGAGAGACAAUUCAUUUAGCCCGCUAUCGAGCCUAUUACAGCGUAAAAAACACCUCAACUGUAGAUUGUGCUGUUCAGAUUCAUUCUGAGUCGGCCAUCACUUUCUUUUCAGAUUUGGACCAUCCUGCCAGUUUGUUGUGAAGGUAUCGGGGAGGGGGAUUGCGGUGUGUCGCAUGAUUACCAACUCCCUACCUGUGCAAAGAAGCCCUCGAUAAAAGAGAAAAUGUUCAGACAGCCUGAGACGGCCAAGAGGCGUCUGAAUUUGCCGGCAGCGGCACGCAUCAGGAGCGUGGAGGUGGCGCGGGGCAGGACGGGCUAUGGCUUCACCCUGUCCGGUCAGGCCCCAUGCGUCCUGAACUGCAUCCUGAAGGGGAGCCCGGCAGAUUACGUCGGCCUUCGGUCCGGGGACCAGAUCCUCAGCGUCAACGAGAUCAAUGUCUCCAAGGCCUCCCACGAGGACGUGGUGAAACUGAUCGGCAGGUGCUCGGGGGUCCUGCAUCUGGUCAUCGCCGAGUGCAGAGGCCACCUGGAUUCCUGCUCCAGCGACGAGGAACUCGGCUUCCACGAUUCCAAGAACCACUGGCUGAGGCCGAAGGUCGACUCAAAGACCCUGGGCAUCAACAGGGCUGAGAGGGUCGUCGCCGAGAUGCAGUCUGGGGGCAUCUUCAGCAUGAUCUUCGAGAAUUCCAGCGCCUCUUCCAGCAGCUCUGAAAAGGCGGCGGCUCCGAAGCCAAGGCCUCUAUCCGAACCGGACUGCUCCUACAGGCGGCAGAGUAGCUGCUCGAAGAGCAACCCGGACCUGCUGUCUGAGGAGGAGAUGGCCAAGGUGCUGAACGACGACUCUGUGUUCGUGGACAUGUUCGAGAAUCAGGACGACUUUGCGCUGGACGCCAGCAUCCUGAACGUGGGGAUGGUGGUCGGGUACCUGGGCUCCAUCGAGCUGGCCUCGGCCAGCGCCAACCUGGAGAACGACAGCCUGCAGGCCAUCCGCGGCUGCAUGCGACGGCUGCGAGCCGAGCAGAAGAUCCACUCGCUGGUCAUGAUGAAGGUCAUGCACGACUGCGUCCAGCUGUGCAACGAGAAGGGCGCCACCCUGGCCACGUACCCGGCCGAGAAGCUGGCGUUCAGCGCUGUGUGUCCCGACGACAGGAGGUUUUUCGGGCUGGUCACCAUGCAGGUGACGGAGAAUCAUGGGCUUUCCCGGGAGGAGGAGAGCAGCCUCAGAACCUCCUGCCAUGUCUUUAUCGUGGACCCCGAGCUGUGUCAUCACAAGGUCCACCAGGGUGUCGCCAGGCGCUUCGGCUUCGAAUGCACGCCCGAUCCCGACACCAACGGCUGCCUGGAGUUCCCGCCGACCUCGCAGCCCCUCCUGCAGUUCGUCUCUGUGCUCUACCGGGACAUGGGCGAGUCCAUUGAAGGCAUGCGGGCCCGGGCCUUCCUCGACGGUGACGUGGACGGCCAGCAGAACAACAGCACCAGCAGCAACAGCGACAGCGGCAUCGGCAACUUCCUGCCGGAAGAGAAGAACAACAGGGUGCUUCUCGUCGACCUCGGCGGUGCACCUGCCAGACACGUUCCCAGCGGCCUGUGGGAGAGCCCUCCGGCUCGAACCCAGGGCCAGCCGGCCGUGCACCGGAAUGGCUACCGCUUUGAGCAUGAGGGCAAGUACCACCUCUCGGAUCUGCCCCACCCGGACCAGUCUCAGCUUUCUGCCCGCCAUCUAGGCUCCUCGGGAAGGAUGGAGGGGCCGGCCCCGCCCCCCCGGGCUCAUUACCAGCAUGCCAAGAAGGUGGGCGGGGCUGGAGCAGCGCACAGCGGUGGCCAGCGCUGGCUCCCCGUCCACGUCCUGAGAGAGCGGCAGCGGGGCACCAGCAGCGACCAGGAGUCUUACGCCGAGUCCACCGACGGCUGGUCCAGCGCGAACUGCAGCACCCUGCCGCCCCCCAUGAGCAAAAUUCCAGCAGACCGGUACCGGGCGGCCGGGGAAAUAGCCCAGCCGUCCCGUCUGGCCGCUCAGAAGGACGAGUGGGCGAAGAAGCUGUUCGGGGCAGACAGGGCAUUCAGGGAGCGGCAGAACGGCAAGCGUGGAAAAGAUGAGGAAAAGAAAGAAAAGGGUUCGAGGUUCGGUGGCACCCACCUGGGCCUCCCGAAGCUGCCUCAGCGCUCAUCCUCCAAGCGCCCCCUUGGUCGCAGUCGGCGUCUCAGCCUGGCACGCUCCCUGGACGACCUGGAGUCUGCUGCGCUCUCCGAUGGAGAGCUCAACAGCGCCGACCUGCAGGGCUGCGGCAGCGAGAACAGCCUGAGCAGCAAUGCCAGCCUGCCCAGUGUGCAGAGCCACCGUCGGCACACCGAGCGCCGCGUCGCCAGCUGGGCGGUCUGCUUCGAGCGUCUGCUCGCUGACCCUGUGGGCGUGCGCUACUUCUCGGAGUUUCUAAAGAAGGAGUUCAGCGAGGAGAACAUUCUGUUCUGGCAGGCCUGCGAGUUCUUCAGCCAUGUGCCAGAAAAUGACAAGAAGCAGCUGUCCCAGCGAGCCCGCGAGAUCUACAACAACUUCCUGUCCAGCAAGGCCACCACGCCAGUCAACAUUGACAGCCAGGCCCAGCUGGCAGACGACAUCCUCAACGCCCCACGGCCAGACAUGUUCAAAGAGCAGCAGCUGCAGAUCUUCAACCUAAUGAAGUUCGACAGCUACACACGCUUCCUGAAGUCCUUCCUGUACCAGGAGUGCAUGGUGGCCGAGGUGGAGGGCCGACCCCUCCCCGACCCCUACCAAAUCCCCAGCAGCCCCACAUCGAAGCACAGCACCAGCUCCGACCGCUCCAACCUGUCCACGCCCAAGAAGGAUGAGAAGAGGUCCAAGGCGGGCCGGCCGGCCAACGAUGACAGCCAAGAGGACCAUGGCGAUAAGAAGAAGGGACUCUUCUUCUCCUGGUCCCGCAAUCGGAGUUUCGGGAAAGGGCCCAAGAAGAGGGAGCUGGCGGAUUACAGCUACAAUUUCACCGGCGGCAACGGCAGACGGGAAUCGCAGGGCUCGUUGUCGUCCGGCGCCAGCGUGGAGCUGGGCACUGCCAGUUCCGGGGGCAAGGCCGAGGCCGAGACCUCCCGCAGCUCGGCGUCCGUACAGCAGUGCAGUGUCAACCUGCCGGACGGCACCUGCUGCACCGUGCAGGUUCGGCCCGGUACGUCUGUCAGGGAGGUGCUGCAGGACCUCUGCGAGAAGCUGUCCAUUAAUCUGGCUGCCGUCGACCUCUUUCUGGUGGGCGGCGAGAAGCCGCUGGUCCUGGACCAAGACUGCAUGACCCUGAGUUCCCGGGACCUGCGCUUAGAGAAACGCACUUUGUUCAGACUGGACCUCGUACCCAUUAACCGGUCCGUUGGCUUGAAGGCCAAACCCACCAAGCCGGUCACGGAGGUCCUGCGGCCGGUCGUCUCCAAGUACGGCCUCCAGCUGAACGACUUGGUGGCCAGAAUCAGUGGCGAGAGGGAGCCCCUGGAUCUGGGCCUGCCCAUCUCCAACCUGGACGGACUGCGCGUGGUGCUGGAUGUAGCAGACCACACCGCUGUGAAAGCAGAUAAACAGAAGCCCAUCCCAUCGAAGAGCCACAUGACGCCCAAAGGUCAAGCGACAGGAGGAGAUGAGAAAGCGGCAGGGAAGGCCAGCUCUGUGAGGGCCCUGCGCGGGGAGGCACGCCCUGAGAGAAAGCAGAAAAAGAUUAAUAUAGAUGAAGCUGAAGAGUUCUUCGAGCUCAUUUCCAAAGCUCAGAGCCACCGGGCCGACGACCAGCGGGGCCUCCUGAACAAGAAGGACCUGGUGCUGCCGGACUUUCUGCGCCUGGUGCCUGAGCCUGCCUGCUCCACUCCGGCAGCCCGGCCGCCGGUCCCGCGCCGGGGCCCCGAAAACGGUGCCGCCGGGGCCCACAGGGCCGCCCUCAAUGCCAGCCACCAAUCCCAGAGCCUAGACUCCCCGUUCGUCCGCGGCGACGCCCCGGAUCCCCCUGCUGGCCAGAGGGCCCCUGUGCCCCCCGCCGGUCCCUGGCCCGGGGCCCCAUUCUCACCUCCCCUCUCGCCCAUCCCCCACACUGCGGACUGCAAGGGCCCGCCCUGGGCCCGUGACGUCAUCCAGACGGUGGAGGACGAGCACGUGGCAGACUUGACUCUUGUAGGAGAGGGGGACAUCACCAGCCCCAACAGCACGCUGCUGCCUCCCUCCCCCACGCCCGCCCCGUGCCGGGCCGGCCUUCCGGAAGGCGGCCCCGCUACCCCCUCGCCCCGCCAUGACACUGAGGAAAGCUUUGCGGACGUCCGCUCGAGCUCAGGCAAAGAGAGGAGGUCUCGAGACCGGGACAGGGACCGGGAGCGGGGACGUACUUCCAAGAAGGUCCACAGGAGGGCAUCUUCUUCGGGCCGCCUUCCUCCCCCAGAAUCCCGAGACAAACUGUCCCUGGCCGCCAACAGGAUCAUCGACGUGGAUGGGGUGCGCCUGGAAGAAGCCCCCCUGGGGAAGGUGGGGUCCCAUCUGAGCCGCAGCCUGGAGGGCUGUGUGUCGGAGCUACAGGGGUGCCAGGGCAGGACGAGGACCGGCGUGUGCCAGCCGUCCGGCCUGCCCGCCAUGAUCAGUGCCCAGGCCAGCGACAGCAAAGCUGGCAAGAACAAAUACCGGGCCACCUUCGUGUGAGGCCGGCUUCCGGAACACCCGCUGCCGUCUGCCCGUGCUCACCGAGGGCCCGCCUCAUGAGCAGAAACACAGUACUGUGGGUCUGCAGAGCGCCCAUCACACAUGGUACCAAGAAACCACCAAAUGAUGUAUGCAAUGCAGCUGGCACCACCGCGAGUUCAGGAGGCCUCUGCAAACAGACCUCGGUUACCUCCCGCGCUCCCUCAACUACCAUCCAGAGGUGGAAAGUCCAGAAAGCACAAAUCCAGACCAAGGUUUUGUUUCAACCAACCAGUUGAGUAUAAAGAGUCACAGUCACAGAGAACUCAACUGUUUGGUUGAGCCAAAACCUUGGUCUGGAUUUGUACUUUCUGGCCCUGAACUUUCCAUCUCUGCUACCAUCCAACAUCAGAGGUAUCAGUUACACCUUAACGGUCCUGAUUUUCCAGGCUUCCACCUGCAAUUAAAGGUUUGAAAGGCACAACCAGUACAUUGCUUUAGUCCCUCUUUGCUUUUGCAUACAGGAGCUGAGGUCGACCGCUGAGAUAUAACAUGAAUUUGUUAUUAACGUGCUGCCACGCUGUGACGGCUGACGGAUUUCAGCAGCGCGGCGUGGUACUGACGCAGCCCGAAUGUUAGCAUGGUGGGGGGUUCGCUGCCCCCAGAGCUGACUUAGUCUGUGCCCGUACUAAACACUGCUCUUUCCUUGACGAGGGGGGUCUGUAAUGCCGUAAUCUCCAUUAUUAAUUCAUCCAGCUGAACAAAUGUGUUACAUCACCAUGUUAGUGCAGCACAUCAUGGAAUUAUGGGCCUUGGCAGUGCGUGCUAACUCCCUCCUAGCCUUCGGACUUUAAAAGCACCCACAGCGGCCCAUUAAUCGUAUUGUUAAUUUUACGGAGCUUAGUAUUAAUUUAAUAAAUU